ACCAAUUCAGCAGUUUGAAGGCUAAAUUUGCAUUGACUUCACUCUCACACUAAAAUGAGCUUAAAGCGGUUUAAGCCACUGGGUUGGCUGCAAAAUGUGUUACGACCUACCAAGGACGAAUCCAGUGGCAAUGGAGAGGGUGAAGCCACCGCAGAAGCAACCGAGCCGCCUCGUCCAUUGGAGGCUACCCAUGCGUCAUGGGCUAAACUUCCCUACGUUGUGCUUGUUAGAGUACUCUCAUUAUUGCCAGAUAAAAACAUAUGGGUUGCGUCUCAGGUUUGCAAAGACUGGCGCAACGCGGCCAGAGAUCCGUCUCUUUGGCGUGUCGGAUAUUUUAUGAUUGGACCAAAUUCUCUAAACUCGGUGACUCGACUCGUUCAGUUUGCUGGCGUACACGGCAAACACGUCAAGGUGAUGAAAAUCACAUGGGGGACCUUCACAAGCAAACUCCUCAAAAGGACGGUCCACUCUUUGUUCGCGGCGAUAGAACCCACCAGGCUCAAGGUUUUUGAUUUGGAAGAAGUAGACUGGAAGCGCUUCGGGAUCAAAGUUCGAACAGAGAUAUUGGACGGCCUAAAGAAGGUGUUAUCAGUUCAAGACAGCUUAGAGGAAUUGUCCAUGAGAAGGAUCCGUUUAGAGGUACAGGCUGGCGCUGAACUGUUGCAAAUUGUAACGGACAAAUUAACCAACUUGGAUAUAGUGGACUAUUUCGAUGACAAGGGUGCUGUAAGCUUCGCUCCUGAAUUCGGAACAGCUUUGUCUAAAUUCGUCAACCUGAAAAUUUUAGCACUGAAUUAUUGCUAUUUGAGUGGUCAGAUACUAGAACACUUUGCGACCAUUUUCGGAGAGAGACCUGUCAAUCUACAGAUCUUCACCAACGAGGAGGAGCCUAAUGUACGAGUCACUUCGGAGAUGUGGAAUACGCUCAAGUUAGCAUGUCCAAAAACUCAGGUCACUCUAAGCGUACCAUCAAACGCCAUGCUGGUUGAGGAUUUUGAAAACAUCUUGUCGCCAGCCAUGCCGCUUUUCAGAUUAGACAUGUUUCUGGGCACUAACCCUCAGCGAGAAGAUGAGAUGUUGCAGCUCUUGGUUCUCAGAUUUCCUCAACUCCAGCAUCUAGAUCUGGAAUUAACAAAUAAUGGUCCGAGCGCGCAGCUGGAGAACGAUGUUGUGCAAAUAGUCAAAAACUUUAUCAACCUGAACUUGACAAUCAAUGGGAUAAAAGUCAUAUCCUAACUUGCAUAUCUUUAUUUGGUGAUGCGGACUACGACAAAGGGAAAAGUUUAAGAUAAGAACAAGGAAGAACUAGCUAUAAACAUGGCGUGAAGUGGCUGAUUUAUGGCGUUUUAAAAUAAACGUAAAAAAAAGGGAGGCUUAGAAAUCUGGUCUUUUAGAAUAGUGUACAAGCAAAUAUCUUUUGGACUUUACUGCAAAAACAAAAUUUCACGUCAAAAACGCUUCCGUCGUUUUUUUUAAUUAUUUUUAAAUCAUGUAAUAUCUAAAGCUUCAUGAACUACGGCCACAGAUAAUCAUCAAUAAUGACAA